CUCAUCCUCGACUCAGUUGAGUUGAUCUGCUGCUGAGACUCGACUGUUAGUUGCUGCAUUAAGGAAAAAUGUGUUCGACAUUUCCCCGCUGCUUCCCCCGCAGAUCCUGCAGAUCCUACAGAGUGAACGAUUUCUCAGCACCUUUCUUGGCCUGUUGGUCACGUUUUACGACCUGGAGAAGAAUGCGGACACUGUCGGGUUCAUCCACAACAGGCACGUCCAACAGUUCCCCUGAACAAACUUUAAGAGCUGGAGGAAAAUGGUUUAAAAAGUUCUGGCGAAGCCCCACAGAUCAACCCAGCGACAACAGUCCUUCCACUACUGAUGGACACCAAUCACCUACUGAAGAAGAGCGGCCAGUUGUGACUCCUACUUUUGAGGAAUGCCUUGAAGGACAAUACCUGUUCGAAGCCGCUCAACUGUUGAUAGACAGGGAGAAACAUCUGUUUGGAGAGAUAACAGAGGCUGAUGCACUCAAAGAUCACGAGGAAGCAGUAGAAAAGCUUGCUGCAGACUAUGAAGCCCUUGAAAAGUGUAUAAAGCGGACGGUGCAGCAGAGUCUUUCUCUCAGCAGUGAGGAAGAGGUGUCUGCUUUGAUUUCAGCAGUGAAAGCCAUCAACCUUGAGGAAGAGCAGGACCAGCUGUGGGGACAAAUAUGCCGGACGCCACCAGCCUGGAGGCCCAAGAAGUGGAAGAAAAAAUUGUUGUUGAAGUAA